CCUCAGCGGCCCUUCCACCCGGGCGACGAGCCGGGCCUGGGCCUCCUCAGGUGCUGAGAUGAACCGGAUGAAGGUUGACGAGGAGGAGUACUGGCAGAGCUCCAAGUUCAAGGCCUUCACGUUUGAUGAUGAGGAUGAUGAGCUCUCGCAGCUGAAGGAGUCGAAGCGGGCGGUGAACAGCCUGCGGGACUUUGUGGACGACGAUGACGACGACCUGGAGAAGGUCAGCUGGAGCGGGGAUCCCGUGGGGAGCAUCUCCUGGUCCAUUAAAGAGACGGCCUCCGGGAGCGGGACAGCCACUGAGGGCCGUGAGCAGCAGAGGGGCCGUGACAGCUUCUCCUCUUAUCCUUCGCUGGCCAAGCCCCCCUCCUCCUACUCCUUGAGCAGCAUCUUCAAAGGAAGAAACAGGUUUGGGAGUUUCCCGUCCCUUUCGGAUGUCCUCUCGGACCAAACCACCAAGAUCUACGCUCCGGAGCUGCGGCGACCCAGGGGAGAAUACAAGGAUUUCAGCAGCGACUGGAGCCCCAGCGACACAGUCCGGCGCUUGCAGAAGGGCAAGGUCUGCUCGCUGGAGAGGUUCCGCUCCCUGCAGGACAAACUGCAUCUCCUGGAUGAAGCAGUGGCCAUCCACGACGGGAACGUCAUAACCGCCGUUCUGAUCUUCCUCAAGAGGACGUUGAGCAAAGAGAUCCUUUUCCGAGAGCUGGAGGUGCGGCAGAUUGCCCUGACGCAUCUCAUCCACUUUCUUAACGAGAUCGGAGAUCAGAAACUGCUCUUGGACCUCUUCAGAUUCCUGGGCAGAACAGAAGAGCUCGCAUUGUCCCAGUAUCGAGAGCAUUUGAGCAUCCAGGAUGUGGACAAGAGGAAAGAAUUUCUCAAGAGGUGUAUUGGUUUGCCAUUUUCAGCAGAAGACGCUGCCCACAUCCAAGACCAUUACACCCUCCUGGAGCGACAGAUCAUCAUAGAGGCCAACGACCGGCACCUGGAAUCUCUGGGGCAGACCGAAAUCUUCCGCAAGCACCCACGAAAGGCUUCUAUCCUCAACAUGCCGCUGGUCACCACCCUCUUCUAUUCCUGCUUCUACCACUACACAGAGGCUGAGGGGACAUUAAGCAGUCCUACCAACCUGAAGAAAACCUUUAAGAUCCCAGACAAGCAGUUCGUGCUCACGGCGCUGGCUGCCCGCGCUAAGCUCCGAGCCUGGCAUGAUGUGGACACCCUCUUCACCACCAAGAACUGGUUGGGCUACACCAAGAAGAGAGCGCCCAUCGGCUUCCACCGAGUGGUGGAAAUCCUGCACAAGAACAACGCCCCAGUUCAGAUAUUACAGGAAUAUGUCCGUUUGGUGGAAGACGUGGACACCAAACUGAACCUUGCCACCAAGUUCAAGUGCCAUGAUGUCGUCAUUGAUACGUACCGGGAUCUGAAGGACCGGCAAGAAUUAGUGUCCUACAGGGAUAAAGUGGACAGGGGGUCUGCGGAAGAGGAGAAGAUCGAUGCUGUUCUCAGCAACGCGCAAAUCCGCUGGAAAAACUAAACAGCUGCCCGGCGAGCCCUCCCGAGCGCACCACCUUCCCAGGAGCGGAGAGCGGGACACCGGCGCGCCGCUCGUUCCGGCCACCGACGGACAGUUGCCAUCAGCCCCCGGGACAGAGACCGGACCUGGCCCCGGGGCCAGGACAACACCCAGACUCCAACCAGGGCAGCCAGACCGAACCCAAGACGAGAGCCUGGGACUCGGGGGAGGAGAGCCGUAGAUGUGGUGCCCGCGGUCUGGGCCUGUCCGGGGCCAAUUCUCUGAUGGAAGAGAGGGGCCUACCUGCCGGCGGGGCAGGGCGGGGAGCCGGUGGACAUGGAACCAGCUGCCGGACAAUGGCUGGGCUGUUCUAAGAACCCCGGACCGUUCUGAGCUGUCAAGUCACAGGGCAGUAACCGACCCAAUAGAGCUGCCCUGAAGGGACUCGUGGGGGGCAUCGGAGCGUACGGAGGAGACCGAGCAGAAGUCGGCCACCACGGAGCCCCGGUCCGGUGCUUCCUGCAGUUCCCCCGAUGAUCGCGUUUCUUCACUCCCCGUUUCCUUCCUUUCCCACAGCCUGAGGCCUGCGAAGAGCCCCCAUAGAGCCCCUUCUCUGACUCCAGCAGUGCUGGGGAGCGCUCCUGUCAUUGGGUCUCUGGUCCCCGUGCUGGUCACCUAGCACACAGGUAGGUUCAUCCAGCGGUGGGAGUCUCAGGCCGCAUCGGGCCUCCCGGGGCAGGGGGCAUUUUCCUUGCGGCUUUGUGGUUCGAUUGGCGUUUUGCAGUGCGGAUUUCCUGCUUCCUGCCAAUCUCUGCCCUGUUGCAGCUGUCCUGGGUUUCCCUGCCUUGGUGAGUUCCUAAUAAAACUGUUUCUGUGCCUCUCUUGA